UAUAUGUCCCCUUUACCUACAUAACAGGCAUUUAACAACUGGUGUAUUCAAUUACCAGUGGUCCUUGAAGGAAAUCACUAGGAGGAAGGAGACAUUGAGUUUGAAGGGAUGAAGGGACAGCACUGAGAAGCAGAGAGAGCUGGGACACGUAGAAACCAGAAAGCCCUCUCUAAGCAAUGGUGGACAUUCCCAGUACCCACACAUAAAGGAUGCAUGGUUGAUAUGUCAGACCUCUCUCCAGAGGAGCAAUGGAGGGUCGAGCACGCACGCAUGCAUGCCAAGCACCGCGGCCACGAAGCCAUGCACGCUGAAAUGGUCCUCAUCCUCAUCGCUACCUUGGUGGUGGCCCAGCUGCUCCUGGUACAGUGGAAACAGAGGCACCCCCGCUCCUACAAUAUGGUGACCCUCUUUCAGAUGUGGGUUGUUCCCCUCUAUUUCACAGUGAAGCUGCACUGGUGGAGGUUCCUAGUGAUCUGGAUCUUGUUCUCUGCCGUCACAGCCUUUGUCACCUUCCGAGCCACCCGAAAACCACUAGUACAGACAACCCCAAGGUUGGUUUAUAAGUGGUUCCUGCUGAUCUAUAAAAUCAGCUAUGCCACUGGCAUCAUUGGCUACAUGGCUGUCAUGUUUACCCUCUUUGGUCUUAACUUGUUAUUCAAGAUCAAACCAGAAGAUGCCAUGGACUUUGGCAUUUCUCUCCUCUUCUAUGGCCUCUACUAUGGUGUUCUUGAGCGGGACUUUGCAGAAAUGUGUGCAGACUACAUGGCAUCUACCAUAGGGUUCUACAGUGAGUCGGGCAUGCCCACCAAACACCUCUCGGACAGUGUGUGUGCCGUGUGUGGGCAGCAGAUCUUUGUGGAUGUCAGUGAAGAGGGCAUCAUCGAGAACACGUAUAGGCUGUCUUGCAAUCAUGUAUUCCACGAGUUCUGUAUCCGUGGCUGGUGCAUUGUGGGAAAGAAGCAGACGUGUCCCUACUGCAAAGAGAAGGUAGACCUCAAGAGGAUGUUCAGCAACCCCUGGGAGAGGCCUCAUGUCAUGUACGGGCAACUGCUGGACUGGCUUCGAUACUUGGUAGCCUGGCAGCCUGUCAUCAUUGGCCUGGUGCAAGGCAUCAACUAUAUCCUGGGCCUGGAAUAGUCAGGAAGAAGAGCAUCCACCCACCAUGGACCUCAGGGCACUCUCCUCCCUGCCCUCCAAGACCUCCUGGGUGGGAAAGACUCAAAGGGGCACUCGGGCCACUCAGGACCCCUCCGGCUGUGUCCGGGCUGGGGAGGGAUAUGAUGGAGAGCCAGCAGGUGGGGCUGUCAGCAGUGGGGGGCUUUUUAAAAGAAAACUAUUUUGAUGAAUAUAUUUAAAAACCUUUUUUAUUGUGGAGCAUAGGAAUUGCCCCAAUUCCUCCAGGCCUCAGCCUCCCUGCUUGAGCAGGGCAGGAGCAGAGCCACAACAUUUUUGGUGUAAAGGAGCCAUCUCUUCUCUGGCUGAGAGCCCCAGCCCACCUCCCCUUCCUUCUGUAUGUGGGGCUUGAGCCUGGUACACUCAGUGUGGAAGAGCCAGGGAGCUCUGGCCUGUGCCACUGAUGAGCACUGAGGGGUGAGGUGUCCUCUGUCCUCCCUGGCUAAGGCCACAGUUGGGCGUUGUCUGGCUCCGUCUUCCCUGUUGGGGGCCGUAGGCUGGUGGAGACAAGUGGGACCUUGUCGUGACUUUUGCAGCAAGGGAAGCUCUAGGACCUCGGAAUUCACCGGGGAUUUGUGUGGGGGUGACCAGAGCUGUAGCAGCUUGGGGAACCUCCCACUAAGUGGGGCUGUACUCAGCCAAGAACAAAGACCAUCUAUAUAUAGUUGGGCCACAGGGGUUACUGCUGGCAGCGGUGAUUGAGGGCCGCUUGUGCAAGCUGAUCCUCUGCCCAGAAGUGGUGACACGUGCUGAAGGCCACUGCCACAUCACUUCCUUCCCCGAAAGCCGGAGAGCGUGUGUGUGUGUGUGUGCGCGCGCGUGCGUGUGCGUGCGUGGUAGAAGAACUAUGACAGAUGUGAGGCUUCUUCCUGUGGUCAGACAUUGUUCCCUUGAAGCUGCCAGGGGAUUCCCAGCCCAAGGAAUAUCCUCAUGUCAGCCUUGUCAUCCAUGAGUCCUGCCUGGGCCUGGCAACACAAGUGGUGAGGUGGGUGGGAAGAGGGUCAGGCCCAGGUAAGUAUGGGUCUGAAAAGGGGUUCCAGGUAGGCCCCAGCUCUGGUCCUAGGAAUUUUGAAGGAAAUGGGAGGGCAAACGUGGUCCUUCCGUGCUGGGUUCCUAGGGAAUAUGGCCCUUCAAGUGCAGUAAGAACCAAGCAGGAUCUUGUCAUCCAUUCUGAAUAAAGCUCCGUGAGCUGGGUUGGAAAGCUGAACAUCCAUCUUGCUUUUCUUCUUCCCACCUCUUUCCCUGCAGUCCCCGUGGGUGCCUGGCCCUUGCUGCCUCUUGCUCUUCCCAUAUGAGAGCCGGGGCCUGGGGGUGGUUGGCCCUGCCCAACAUCCCUGAGCAAGGUGGAAUGCCGGGCUUUCGUCCUGUAGCAGAAGGUGCCCUGCGCCAUCGCUGGGUGACUGUCCUCACCACCUGAGGUCAGUGCCCUGCCACCACCACCCCUCUCGCGGAUCACUCUCAGCUUUGGCUUCUCUUACCCAGCCGUGGCUUCCGAGGUCUGCAUGCCAGUGGGCUCAUCCUCAGAGAGUGGAAUGGCGGCAGGGAGCAUCACUUUUGUCCCCGUACCCCUGCAUCAGGCUCAUGUGAGAACCGAGGCCAGGCUGUCCAAGGCUGUCUCUUCAUACUUCAACAGUCCUGAGUCCCAUGACCUCCCAGCAGCCCGACUCUGGCCUUGGUUACACUCACAGGUAGAGUCCUGCCUCCUCUCCCUCGCAUCCCCACCCCCUUCCCCAAAGGACUGUGUCUCUGAAGUCCUGGGCAGCUUUGCCUCCUGACCUAACUGCUGGAGACACCGGUGUUCCUAGGGAGGAGUUACUCUGCAUCUAACAGCACAGAAGCUCCUGGGGCAGGCGGUGGGGGAGGAACUGAGAAGAUGAAAAUGUCAGCUAGAGCCCUGGAGAAGAGGAGUUGACUUUUAGUCUCCACGUCUAAUUGGGAAUGAGUCGGGUUUUUAUACAUACACACGCACAUGCAUAUGACACGCACACAAAACCCUUGGGAUUGCAGCAGUGUUCGGACACGUCUUCCAAACCUAAUUCCAUCUCCUGGCCUCCCUGGCUCUGUCCCCAGCAUCCCAUCCUCCUGAUCCCAGACACUUGGGUCUGGUCCUUCACAGUUGCUCGAGCCAGUGCUGGGUACGCGCCCUCUUACUCUGGGAAGCACCCUCUCCUCCUCUUAGGUCCAGUGCUCCAGCUUGUGUUCCAAGUGCUCGGCUUGUCUGAGAGGUUCCUGCCCACAAGGCCUGGAGGUGCUCUCAGUGUAGCUCCCAUGGUGUGGCUCACGUGGGGCCAGACGCAGCUGAGCUGAGCUGUGCAGCUCCAAAAACGGGGGGUUCCGGAAAGGAGGGUUUUUCAGGGCUUCCUGUGAACCAGGUAGGGGGAAUCUAGACUUCCUGGUGAACUUAGAUCUGUAGCUCUGGCCAAGGGGCUGGGAGGACAGAAGUGAGAAGGAUUCAUGGGAGUGAUGGGUGGUCGUUGGGUUGCUGGUUGGAGGGAGGUGGGGAGCCUGAGAAAGGCCAGAAUGUGGAUGGGCUGGUGUGACAUGGAGUCUGAAAUGGUCAGAGUGAUCCAGCUUGGGGUCUCCAGUGACUAGGAGAGUUGUCCCUUUGAAUAUGGUGUGGCUGUGAAGGAAGAAGCAGGAGGCCUGUUCACGUAGAAGAGCAAAGGUGGACACCGAAGUCCUGACCGUUGGCUGGGAUGGAAGAAUUCAUGUGUGAGAGACUCUUUCAUUGGUUCAUGCCCUGUGUGCCCCUGGGAGGGUGGGCCUGAGGAAGGUUAAAGACCCCAGGCUGAUACCAUCUGGAAAGCGGGGGGCCUGGGAGUUAGCAAGAAGGUUCCUGGCCAGUUCCUGGCCACUGUGAACUCCGGCUCAGGAAGAGGGGCAGUGUGCAGGAACCUUAAGGACUGGGCUCAGACUGCUGUCAUGUAUGUGUGCCUUCUCUUGGUAGCCAGAGUCCGCUCUAGAUUCCCUGGUUAAAUAAAAGUGAAAGUGAAAUAGAAGGGAGAGUUCAGUGCUUUCGCAGAAGGAUUUCACUAUAUAUCCUGCCCUUCCCAGAACCAGCUCUGGCAGUGGAGAGAACUUUACCUCCCUUUGUGACUAGGUAAGUCCCUGGUCCUCUUUGGGCCUCAGUUUCCAUGCCUGUAAUGAAGGGGUUAGAUUGGACUAGUAACCAGUAUAAUGUUGAUGGUAAUAAGAGCUAGGGUGGGGAUCCCCUGGCUUUGUUUUUAGGGGCUGGAAGAGCUCUAGCCUAUGCCCGAUGCCAGUCCUCCAGGAGUUGUCACAGGUGGACAGGACAGAGUAAAUAGCAGUGCCUGACAGCCCACUGAAAAACUAGAGGUAGGGAGGGGCUGUGGAGUCCACAGGAAGAAGGCCACAUGCAAGCCACUCAGAAGACGUGGGAGAAGCAGUUUUUCACCAUCUCCUCCCCCGCCUCCCCCAGAGAGGAGGAAGUUGUCACAGAUAUAUAGAUCCAGGCGUGCCAGCUCCUGACACACGCAUCACGACCAUGAGACAGAACUGGAUUCCAGGUGGGACCUGGGGCUGUGCACAUGCGGGUGGAGGGGUGGGGGGCAUCCUGAGACCAGAGUGGAGCCAUGUGGCUGGCCCUGAGCCUCACCCCCAGGUGGGCUCCCCUCAGCUGCUGUGCUGUUGCUUUCGGCCUCUGCCCGGAUGCUGUGGCUCUGGCUCCAUUCCAAGGUCUCCCUGUGCUCCAUUCAAAAAGGGCCAAGAGGUGGGGCUUGAGGGGUUCUUCUGCCUCUCCCGUUCCCUGGGCAGAGCCCAAGAAUCUCUGCCAGACUUACAUCCCGGCAGCAACUCCCUCUCUAGCCAACAUCCGAGCUAGGAUGCCGGGCAAUCCCCGGAGGUCAGACAGCUGCUGACCUCUGUGACUGUCCUUUUUUCAGACCCCAGCCCUCUUUGGGCCCUGCUCCUCUGUGCCCACAUCGUCUCCCACCUGGCCAGAGCCACAUCUGUGCCUCAGGCCAC